GAUUACAAUUACCACAGGUUUCCCAGAGAUCGUGAGACAGAUCCCAAUCACUUCUACUUUACUGAUUACGAGCGACACAACAGUGAGAUCGCGUCCUUUCAUUUGGAUCGAAUACUGGGAUUCCGGAGAUCUCCUCCAGUGGUCGGACGAGUGCUUAAUAUGAGUUCAGAAAUCUAUGCGCUUUCAGACGAAGAAUUGUUGAAAACAUUUUUCGUAUCCCCGGCCAACAAUCUCUGCUUCCACGGAAAGUGUAGCUAUUAUUGUGAUACAGCACAUGCACUGUGCGGUCAUCCGGAUCUAUUAGAGGGCAGUUUUGCAGCCUUUCUGCCAUCCAAAGAUUUAGCCCCCAGAAGGCGGUUCUCUUAUGGCUCUGUUCUGUGUUCUAUAGACUAG